AUGUCAUCCGAUCAAACGACUUCAAAUCCAUUAUUGAGCGACCCAUCGAUAAUACAAGUGCUCAAAGAAGAUGGGUCCAACAACGAGAAAUCAUCGCAUGUAUCGGGCCAAGCAGCAUCUAGUGGGUCAGUUGAGCCCGGAAGCGCAUUAUCCAAAUUGUUAGAUUCAGCUAUUGCUAAAGCUGCCGAAGAAUCAACACCAGAAUUUGAACCAAGAUCACGCAGCAAUAGCCCAAACACCACAAUGCCCACCAUAUCUAAAUUAUCAAAGAAAAGUCUUGAGCGUGUAUAUACAAUUGAAUUUUUAUUUGAGUUAAGAAACCUGCCUUAUGUUAAGGAUUAUAAGGAAACAAACGAAUUGCCGGACAAAAGCUUCUGGAGAGCCAAGUCUAAGUCGCAAAACACGUCGAGCGGAGCCAAAGAGUUUGGUCACAACUCAAAGCAUGGUAGUAACAAUAAUAAAAAUAAAAAUGCUUCCAAUAAAAAACGCCAAGAUUCUGCUUCUAACUGGGAACGUAAACCAGGAUUCUUAAAGACUGGUGAUUUAGAUUCAUUAUCUGAAGACAAAAUAUCUCAGCUAUUAGGAGAACCUACAGAAGAAAUAGAACCAGAGUGGGAAAGUGCUGACUUAAAUAACGAAUUAAACCUUAACAUGGGUCAAACAGUAGAGGACUUUGAAAAGUGGAAGAGCAACAUGAGGUCCGAGGAACGUCGUAGAAAUGGUGAAAUCGUGGAAGAUAAUGCUGAUGUAAAUGCUGAAAAAAGUGGCAAUGAGGUAGACUAUUUCUUUUCGUUUGUCAAGCCAAAAACACAUUCUGUGGAUUCUACUACUUCAUCCUUGAAAGCUCCAAGUUCUGGAGUGUCAACUCCUACUGUUGCAAAUUCAGAGCCUUCUGCUAAGAGUUCUAGAUUUUCAUCUUUUUUCAAUACUCCUUCGUCAGAAAGCCAUCCGCAGUUGACCAGACCAGAUCAUGGCCAAUCGCAAAAUUUGCCAGCUCAGCAUCACACCCAGGGUAGAAGUCACUCACACGCAUUAUCGGGAAAGGGUGAUCAGGGAUAUUCAAGAUUUUUAUCUAUGAUGAAUAACCCAAACGAAGGUAUUAAACCUUCACCUCAGUCUUUGCCGCAAUCUUUACCACAACCUUUGCCUCAACCUUUACCACAACCUUUACCUCAGCCAAUCUCCCCACAAAAGGAAAUUUUGCAAGAGGCCAAGAAAACUAUCCCAGGUCAACCACUCAACGAUGACACUUUUUUCAUGUCCUUAUUAAAUAAAAAGGAAGGUCCUGAUGGGAGUAACGCGUCAAGCCCUGCUCUAUUUGCAAGUACCAUAAAAGGGCAACCAAAAGCUAAAGUUGCUUCCCCUGAUGUUAAGCAAUCUCCGUUAACCCCUAAUGUUCAACCCCAGAUGCAAUCGCAACAAAUCCCAGGGCCAAAACAACAAAACAUGAACUUACCCCCAGGUCAACAAAUGAACCAACAGCAAAUUCCUCCACAACAAAUGCUUCCAUGGAUGAGACAAUUUCAUGGUGGACCAAAUGUUCCACCUGGAGCCAACGGACCUAAUGAUUCACGUCCAUUAGGUGCUCCUCCAACUGGCGCUAAUGGGCCUAAUCAACCACCUCAUCAUCUUCAGUACCCUCCAAAUAUGGGCCCUGCACCUAAGAUGUUUCCACCAGGGUUCAUGCCUCCGCCAGGAAUGCCAAUGCCAUCCCAGUUCGCCAAUGGCCGUAAUGGUCCAAUGCCACCACCUCCUGGAAAUCAUCCUUACAUGGGAUUCCCACCAGGAAUGCCACCUCCACCACCAGGAAUGCCAAUGCCGCCAUUACAACAAUCAGGUGGGUUUGAUCAAAGAAAUCAGCCUUCACCACGCCGGUGA